CUAAGGUAUCCCGCUUUACAUUUUUCAAUAAGUAGGCCUGUCGAUUCUUCCGUGGAGAGAGUUUGGAUCAGCAUACUUCAUACCAUAUACGCUCACUCCCCUACAAUGCCUUCGCAACGGUCCAACCGUGGAGCACCACGGCGCCCUGCACACCAUACCACUUUUUCUGAUUCAUCUUCUGGCAACCCAUUCAGCUCCCCAAUGGACCACGAGUCUGAGGAUAUUGCAAUUCCUGCACAUCUUCUACAAGCUUCUUCUGCUGUAGGAACCAACCGCACCGAUGGCCAUGUACAAAAUUGGCAACCCCAACGACAACUCAGCGUGAGAGAUCAGAGGCUUCCUCGCGCAGCACCGAGACGAAAUGUUCCCGUGUUGCAACGUCCACCAGCCGUGAAAAGAUCGUCGACAUUACCUAGCCGGAGUUCCUCACCGGAUCCUAAGGAAUCUUCACGGUCAGCUACUCUCGAUGCUCUCACUAGAGUCGCCACAGAGGGAGCUGUUCAGAACGGCGAGCACAACAGUAAUGGCCCGACCGGAAACGCAACUAAGCGUACACGUCGUGUAUCAUUCUUGGACGAACCCAAGCAUGCAUUGCAUAACGAGACACGCAGAAGUUGGCGCUCCUCUAUAAUGUCAGAUUAUUCAGAGCCAGAAAAGGAUACAAGCCACAGGAGCUGGCGGUUCUCGCCUCCUGCCGCUGAAGAUGGACCAUCGGUGACAUCGCCAGACCGGAAAAGUUGGCGGCUGUCCUACACACCUGGCGAUUCUGAGCGACUAACAACAAGUCCAAAAUCGCCAGGAGCUCAGUUCCCGAGAUAUCGACCAGAGUCCCAAGACUUCCCUGAGAAAACACCAUCUUCAGAUCCUUUCGCAGACCCGCUAGUCAGUGAUGGUCAAAACCCCAUAUCUCAGCCAGACCGAUCUGCAUCUAGAGGUAAACGACCUCGCCGAGGAACACUCGAUGCUGUAGUCAAUGCCAUAGUGCCAGAAUCACUGCAGAGAAAAAUGACCAAUCGACAACCCAACGGAGGUUUAGCUCGAUCGAGUUCGAUGAGAAAGACUUUCGAGAAAGCGAAAGAACGUGGCCAGCAAUUGCAACGUAAAAAAUGGGUGCAGAUUGUCUUUGAGUAUGGAAUAUACCUAUUUCUCCUUUGUUUUAUCUAUUUUGUUCUAAUCGGGAUUCCACUUUGGAAUGGUGCUGUCUGGUGGAUGUACUGGGUCGUUGCGAACAAGUUUGUUUUCGCCGGUGGGUUCAGUAUUACAUUGGGAAUCGCGCUCUUUUAUGCUUUUGCACCGCUCCUCAUCGUGUUCGAGAACGAUCCCCCGGCCCAGGAAAUGACUACCGAAACGAAGAUCCAACCAAACGUUCAGGACACCGCCCUCCUCAUACCCUGCUACAAGUCCGCAAAUCUGAUUGCCGCUACCUUGGAAGCUGCUUUGAAGAUCUUCCCGCCAUCGCACAUUUUCGUGCUAGCGAACGGCAACAGCCCAACUCCAUUGGAUAACACCGAAGAGAUAUGUCGCCCCUAUGGAGUAACGCAUCUCUGGUCUCCCGUUGGCUCUAAAAUCGUGGCGCAGUUUGUUGGGUGCUAUGCGGCCAAGCGCUUUAAGAAUGUGUUAUUGAUAGACGACGAUUGCGCACUGCCGGAGAACUUCCCGGUCGUCACCGACAGGCUGGUGGGUAACGUCAAAUGCAUCGGGUACACUAUCAAGAGUGUAGGACCCAACUCCUCCAAAGGCAACUUCUGUCAACAAGCCCAGGAUCUCGAAUACAAGCUCAGUGGACUUCAACGCGAGUUCGCAGGCAAAAUCGGCUCGGCAACAUUUCCGCACGGUGCAAUCGCACUUUGGGAUCGGGAGCUUCUCGUGAAAACUUUCUACCAGCAUCCUGGCUUCAGUGUUUCCGAAGAUUGGUUUUUCGGACAUGCGGCUCGUCAGCUUGGUUGCCGAAUUACCAUGUGCUCCCAGGUUUUCGUAGAGACGGAGACACCCACCGCAGUAUUCAUCUCUGGUGGUGGUUCCAGAGGUGGUUUUGGUGAGAUGACAAUCUUUAGCCAAAGAUUCAAGAGAUGGAACUUCUUUUUCGUCAAUGGCAUGUGGUAUAACAUGGCGUACAUUUUCUGCAACUGGAAGCUGGGAUGGUGGGAAAUCGGUGCCAAAUUAUUCGUUUUCCAAGAGGUUUACGAGACACUCCUUUAUCUUUUAACUCCCUUCAUUUUGCCUAUUUCUUUCUAUGUUCGGCCAUCGUUUUGCGGUAUUCUACUUGGUGCUACGGUGGUCAUGUACCUUGUCAACACCAUCAUCUUCAACGAAGUGCACCUCCGCCGCAAGAACGAGCGCAUCGGAUGGACAGUGGUGCUGGUUUACUACUUGCCAUACAAAAUCGUGUUGACUUUCAUCAACGUUGCGAGCUGCUACUGGUCCUUGUACAAAUACGCUCGCUACUUCGCAAAGCGCCAUCCCAAAGUCAUCGAGGACGAGAAGGCAGUCGAAGUCGUUGUUCGCUUAGAAGAGGGUGAAUCGGGUCCUGGUUGCGGUCUUGGCCGGAAACUCACCGUGAAAACGGUCGCAGCAACCUCCGACUCGGACAAGGAUUCAGAGAUGCAGGACAUGUCACCCCCACCAACGGUUGGCCUUGCCUUUGAGCCUGAACCUGUGAACUCUGGUAUGAGCACACCCACGAGGCAGGCAGAAGGCAUCUCAGCAUACGAAUUCAACGACCCACGACACCUACAGGUCAACAAGCCAUUGCGACAUGGAAACAGUACGCAAAGCAGCACAGAUAGUCUGGUUUCAAGCAACGAGAUGAGCGCUCGGCCGUUACUAUAAUGAUUAAUACGCUGAUUAUAUAGUCUUAAUAUUAUACUUAAUAUCUGCACUACUCAUGAUCACGAUCGGUGCACACAACAUUCGAGCGUUAACCCAAGGAUAGCUUUCCACCAAUCUGGUUGAUUCCAGAUGAACAAAACCUAGUUUCGGACCCCAACGUCAUUGAACCUCUCCUCUUGUUGAUCUUGCCGCUGUACCUUACAGCUACUUCAUGCAAAGCAGGGGAGUGCUUAGGUUUCGGUACCAAACACACGGUGUACUCGGUGCAGCUACGUGGCGGAAAGUCCCAAAAUGAUAAUCUGAUACUCCCCCCAUCCUUCACACGGCAACUUCUACCGUAUCGAGUCUCACCAUAUCCAGAUUGAGCCGAUUUCGAGGUUCAUUGCCCAGUGCAAGCCGAUCUCGUAAGUAAAUGCAUAGUUGCGACCCCCGUAUACUGCAUUCAUUUUAACCGCAAAACAUUGUAGGUUUCGAUACUUUCGUAGGUUUUCCUAGCGCUUCGAAAUCGGGGCUCGAGUGAACGAUUCCAUGCAUUUCCAACUUCACCGCCGUACGGCAUCGGGCCAUUAUUCACAUACGAGCAUAGGAAGGAGGUUGCGUGUAAUGGUGGCGGCCUUAAUAUUCGCACGAUCUGACCCAAGAACCCGCGCUAAUUUACACGCGUUCGUGGCAAAUAGCGGCGUGGUUUUGAUGGAUGGGCCCCAUGAAUACUCCGCACGCGGUGUUAAGACAUGCAUGUUUUGCUUUACAUUUGUGCGUGUCGAAGUAUUUGCAGCGUGCCUCUAUCGUGUAACGCGGAGUCAACAGGGAAAUCCUUGUCAAACCGUAAGCGAACGGUGUUCGGGUCAACUC